CACACACAUACACACACCGAGAGAGAGAGAGAGAGAGAGAGAGAGAGAGAGAGAGUUUCGUAACUUAGGGAAGUUUUGUGGAGCCAUCGAUCACUGGACCGUCUUGUUUUUUUGAGCCCUAUGUCAGUGACACUUACAGCCGAGUCGCCUGCGUCAGUUUUUCAGCGGACUUUUGACUUUCUCACACUGAGAGGAGACUGAGCUUCUCGGCAAGGCAGCUGUGAAAAGGAAUAAGACUGUGUGCUCCAGCUGAGAAGAGCCUGGCCUGUGCAGCCAUGCUGAUGUAUGAUUACCCUCUGAAAACAGACAUGGAGACGUCAUUCUACUCAUCGUUAGUGAAAACCCCGGAGCCAUACGGCGUGAUCUUCUCCCAUCCCGCACAUCUCUACCACCCUACGCAAAUGCACGCCUUCACCCAGUCCCACACCCCCAGCAACCCCACACACACCCAGCUGGAGCCUGUGGACCUGUCAGUCAGCAAGCGCUCCUCCUCCACCUCUUCUUCCUCCUCCCCUCCCUGCUCCUCCCCAGCCUCCUCGCGCAGCUCCCCACCCUCCCCCUACAGCUCGGCAAGCCGCGGCUCCCCCCGCUGCUCCCCUCAACUGUCCCAGCUGCGCUCCUCGCCCUCCCAUGCUCUGCCACCGCCCACUUCCUCGCUACCUUACCCCACUAUGGUGGCUCCUCUGAUUGGCUCAGGCUCUGGGGUCAUCCAGGGGUCAGGGGUCAUGGUGUCCCCGGUCAUGGUGCCCCUGUCUGUCCUCUACCCCACCCCUCUCCACCUUCACCAGCAGAUAAUGGUGAGCCCGCCGGUCGCCAGUGAUGACGACCAUCAUCGAAGCAGAGAGCACAAGACAGUUCACUCUUCGAAGCCCAUGGAGCUGCGGGGCGACGCCCAUGACCUGCACAGGCCAAUCAAAACAGAGCCUCGCCCUGAGCUCACUCAUGACCCCCACAGCAGCCAUGAGAUGAAGUCAUCGGUCAUCAGGAUACCGCACGAAUACGAGGGAAACAACCCGUCAGUAAUAGUUCAUUCAGGUGCGAAGCAUCCUCUCCCUGCUGACUCUCCUGACUCACUGAAAAAGCGGAGAAUCCACCGCUGUGAUUUCACAGGCUGCAACAAAGUCUACACCAAGAGCUCCCACCUGAAAGCACACCGCAGGACACACACCGGUGAGAAACCCUACAAGUGCAUGUGGGAAGGCUGCACGUGGAAGUUCGCCCGUUCAGACGAGCUGACGAGACACUUCCGCAAGCACACAGGAGUCAAACCGUUCCAGUGCCCCGACUGUGAACGCAGCUUCUCCCGCUCCGACCACCUGGCUUUGCACAAGAAGCGCCACCUCCUGGUGUAAUAUGUUGCACAGGGCAACUUGAAAGAAACUCGGUGCUGGGUUCAACGUUGGACUGUACCACUUUGACUUGAGGGGCGGAUUUAUAGUAAAGAGCUGGCCUUAAAUAUUGGACUCCGAGAGGGAGUGGGGAAAUGUUCCUCAGGGUGCAAGUUUAUACCCUUUCACCUCAUUAGCCUGAAUAUGAGCUGGUGUCAGCCUGCUACUCAUCUAUCCAUCAGUUUUGAUCUUCUCUGCAGAUUUACCAGCUCAUCUUAACAUUAUAAUAGAAAUCUGGCUGUUGUACUAGACCUCUAAUCAGCUGUGGAGGAUCAAGACUUUUUUUUUUUUUUUUUUUUUUGAGAGGGGCUGCAGUAUCUCAGCUGGCCUGAGAGAGACGCCCCCUUGUGGCCACAGAACCGAAAAACCUACACCUGCUCUGUUUAAAGGUAUACUAUGCAGGAUUUGUUGGGUGGCAUUUGCAAACAUGUGGCAUUCAAAGUUGGUCCCCCCUCCUCAGCUUAAGGAGCGAGAGAGAGAGAGAGAGAGAGAGCAGCAUUGGUCAAGCAAGCUAGAGUGUGAAUGAAGAGAACGAGCGGCACUGGUGAGAAAAAAAGCUGUGAAUCAGAUAAAUAAAAUGUUAUUUUCUGAUUGUUUCACAUCCAUGACACACAGACAGAGAGCAGAGCAGAGCAGAGGAGAGAGACGGAGACAGUGAUGUAACCUGGUUGCUACGCUAUGAGUCCCGACCUCGCACCCUGCUAGCUGUUAUUGGCUGGGGGCUACACACCCACUGCCCAAAUGUUGACGUCGAGAAAUGUCCCAACAGCAAAAUAAUAAGAAAAUACAGGCAGAGGGCAGAGUCUCUGCAGAUAAAAACACCACCACAAACCUAUAGUUGAUCAUAAGUGAUGAUUGAGAGGGAUUCCUUUUGUAUGAGUCUACAUAUUGUUUUUUUAGGAAAAUCCUGCAUAGUAUACCUUUCAACUCCACAGCCAACAAAAUACAUCAAGACACACACACAUCAUCAUGCUCAAGCUUCGCAACAUCAGCUCUCACUUCACUGCAUGCAUUCGAGUAAAGAUUGUGGACACACACAAACACACACGUUAUUUGCUAGCUAGGCCAAUAUAAUGUGAAACUUUCCAGAAUGUAUCAUUAUCACACCUACUGUGCAUCGUGUCAUACAUCAGCUUUCUUAUCAGUGCAGCUACCUGUGACAUAACGCUAAUGCCAACUCCUCCUUCAUGGACCGCCACAUCAAAAACCACCACACACCUCAUCUGCCUCUACAAGCUUACAUCAUGAAGUGACUUAAAAAAAACACAAACAGGUAACUAAUGCUCGCUUUCUCUUGUACAUACAUGCACAUGUUUUACAGCACACACAGCAGAAAACAUGCACUUAGUAAAAGCAGCUCGGUCUUGUGUGCUUUUUGGUGUCUGGGUUGAAAAAAGGGGGACUUCUGGGUCUCAUUCAUUGUCAGAGUGAAGUGUUUUUUUAUGUUUUCAUUCAGAAAUGUGAAAGUUGCUGCACAGGGGCAUUAUUGUUUUUAGUGAGGAAAAGACACCACUCAGUUGGUUUAAGGGUAGAAGCAAUGAAAUGUCUUAUGUCUUAGAUCAAGUUUGUGUUUCUAUGAUAUGAACUUUGUUUUUGGUUUGUGACACCAUGGUAGCCUUUUUUUUUUUAUUGUAUGACACUUUUAUAUGGGAAAAAUACAAAGUGCAAAGCAGGGAAAUUUGCGCUUAACUUUUUGUUUUUCAGGAGUAGAUGAGUUUUAUUCAAGCCUGCCUUACAGGAUGUCUGUUUUGAUAAAAAAAAAAGUCAUUUAAUUCAUUAGUGUUUAAUAUUUUAAUAUAUCCAUAUAAUGCCAAUCAAAGGCCAUAAGGUAGCAAAUCUUCGUAUUCUAUGCCAUCACAAUUUCUGAGCACAACUUUUUUUUUUUACAGCUUCCGGAGAACAAAAUAGUUUUGUGUAUAGCGUCUUUGUACAUGUCUACAAUGUGCACUUUAUAUAAAAAAAACAUUCCCAAAGCCAAACAUUUAUCAGUCACAUCAGUUUUGCUCUAUUCAUAAAUCUGCUGGUCAGUUUGAUCAGAAACAUUCAACAGGUGUAUUGGUUUGUCAUUAUCUAAUCAUCUAAUGCCAGAAGAGGGAUUUUCUUUUGUUCGCGCACACAAACGCACUCACACACGCACACGCACACACACACACACACACACACACACACGCACACACGCACACAUGCACACACACACACACACACCGAAUGUAGCGGCUCAAGUAAUCUGCAUUUGCUCUUGGAUAUUGUUUGCAGUUUUUGCUUGUAUAUGUUUUUGUGUCUCUGCAAAUAUAAGUUGUAAUAUAUAUAUACUGUAUAUAUAUAUAUAUAUGUUGAUUAUUAGACUGAAAGGGCAAUUAAAGGUUUUUAUUAAGCAUGAUUUUGAUACUCUCAUAAUAAUGGAUGGAUAUAACACAUUUCUAUAAUGUUGUGUCUGUAAUAAACCCUAUCUCUUUUUAAUCUAUGUUGGCAAUUCAAAGGGAACGUGUUAAACUGUGAACAUAUAAGUGUACAGGUCUAUCUGCAAUUUUGCAUUUAUUUUAAAACAGAAUAUUCAUACCACUCAAUAAACUUAUUGAUACUA